AUUAGUAAGGUUGAAUUUUGGAACGCACACCCCUAUAUACUGGUUAUGUCCAUGCACUUGCGUAUGCAGUUUCGCACGAUAGAUUUUAAACAUGUAUAUUAUUAAAAGUAGGAAAAAAAAUACGAAAUAUUUAUAAUAAAAGUGCUUUUUUAUGAUAAUUCCAAACUAGUGUAUUUCAUUAAAAUAAAAGAAUAUAUUAACUUUUGACCACGUGUAUGUAUAUUUUAAAUCGUUGAUAGUGCAAGAUUAAAAUGUUUGUGCUGGCGGAAUUCAAAGAUACUGUUAGAAUACAACCAAUUAACUUUAAACAGAAACUGAACGAUGUUAUUGCUAACGAAUUAAAUAGAAAACUCGCUAAUAAAGUGUACAAAGAUGUAGGCCUUUGCAUCACAUUAUACGAUAUUACGAAGAUCGAAGAAUCGUACAUUUUUCCAGGAGACGGAGCUUCUCACACAAAAGUGACAUUUAGAUUUAUUGUGUUUCGUCCAUGGAUGGAAGAAAUAUUAAUAGGAAAGAUUCGUAGUUGUAGUCCAGAGGGUGUACAUGUUACAUUAGGAUUUUUUGAAGAUAUAGUCAUACCACCUCACAAGUUGCAACAUCCAUCACAUUUUGAUCAAAUGGAACAAGCAUGGCUUUGGAAAUACAAGACUGAUGAUGGAAAAACACAUGACCUAUUUAUGGAUGCAGGAGAGGUUAUACGAUUUAGAAUAGUAAAAGAAAUCUUUACAGAAGUUCCUUUACUAUCGGCACCUAAUGCAUCUCGCGAUCUAAGUGAAAAGCCAGAAGCUAAUAACGUUGCGCCAUAUAUUUUACACGUGUGUUUACAAAUUCUUAAUGUGGUGUUAUCAGUCAUGCUUUUAGUUUUAACAUUAAUAAGAUAUUUUGUAGGGAUCAAUUGAUGAACCUGGCUUGGGAUUACUUACCUGGUGGCAAAAUGCAUAAUUUAUUCCUUACGUUUAAGACAGCUGAUCACUCAUUAUUACUGCCUCAGAUUAUUACGUUAGAAACAAGAAAACGCAUAAGAAAAUUUUUACAUGAUGUAUAAAAAUAUAUUUUUUAAUAAAACAAUCGAUUAAAUUUGUAAAAUA